AUGGCAUCUGGAUUAUCACGACGACGAGGAGCCGGACACAGUGGUGGUGGAAGUGGUAGCGGGGCAGGCCUAAUAUCUACAACGACCUCGUCGUCGUCUUCUACAUCUCCUGACUCACCUCCUCUUUCUCGCUCUUCCUCUUCGAAUGGUGUAACAAACAAUUCACGAACGCACGCAGGCUCUGCUUUUGCUGGCGGUUCCAAAAUCGCUUGGGACGUGCGAGACUUACCACCAGAUUCAUCGUCAGCAGCGGCUUCACCUGAAGCUCUCAGAAUUGGCGGGACACUUCCCAAGUUAACGCUUAUGGAAGAAAUCCUCCUUCUAGGACUCAAAGACAAACAAGGAUACUUGUCCUUUUGGAACGACAAUAUAUCGUAUGCGUUGAGAGGGUGUAUAUUGAUCGAGUUGGCAUUGAGGAGGAGGAUAGCGGUCGUUAAAGAUGUUGUGGGUGGAGGCAGGAGGAGGGUAGAGUUAAGCGAGAUGAUUGUUGAGGUUGUUGAUGAGCGGAUGACGGGUGAGACGAUCCUGGAUGAGACGUUGAGGAUGAUGAAAGCGACACAGGAUCCUCCCAUUGGUGGUGCCAUACCGAACGGUGGGACAGCUCAUUCUGGUGGAGGGAGUCUAUGGGGAACUAGUUCAUGGACUAGCGGUCCAACAGCAUCCAGUACCACAACAUCACCUUCAGGCUCAAGCACUGGAGAAAAACUCAGUAUCUCAACCUGGGUUGAUCUCCUUUCCGGCGAAACAUGGAACGUCCUUAAAAUUGGCUUCCAGCUCAAACAAGUCCGGGAACGACUCGCCAAAGGACUUGUCGACAAAGGCGUCUUACGUACCGAGAAACGCAAUUUCCUAUUAUUUGAUAUGGCUACGCACCCCGUUGCUGAUGCAGGUGUUAAAGCGUCUUUGAUCAGGAGGCUGGUCGAGGUUUUGACCGCACGUACAACAGCGGUUCCGGAAGGCGCGUUAUUACCAGAGGGUGUACAGUGUAGAGUACUGAGAACAGUGUGUUUGGUUUGUGCGGCCUACACCGCUAGUGUAUUGGAUGGCGCAAUGGGUGGGGCGACUAUAGGUUCCUCAUCACACCCAUCAAUUCUUCCCCUCGGAUACGAAGAACGCGAAGGUGCAUUUGCACGUGCGGAUGAGAUUUUGGGAGAGUUUAGUGUCUGGCCGUGGGGUACAGGAUCUGACAGUGGCUCCACCCCCGCAUCUAGGAAACGCAUUUCUUCAUCCCGCAUCGCAACCGGCUCAUCUUCCGACCCGAGCCGCGAGAGCGUUCUGGGACUCGUGGCGGAAGCGAGGAAAGAGAUGGGGAGGAUCGCACAGGGACAAGAUCGUCCUCCUGGUCUCUCAGACGACGGCCAAGACCUCUGUCUCGAGCUCGUCGCAGGCGUUUUGGAGGUCCUCGGGAGGUUGGAUUCGUUAUUGUGA